CCAAGCAUCUUGGUGAUACCUUGAAGUUGUUCAUUGUGACAAUGGGAGACCGACGCGACUACGAUCGUGGAAGACGAAGAUCAAGUAGUGAAAAUUGUGGCCGCCACCACAGAUUUGACCGACGAGAUGACAGGAGGGAUGAUCGACACCGCUCGCCUCCACGUCGUUUUAGCUUGAAGUUGUCGACGUUGUACGAUGUGAACCGUGGUCGAUCGGCAUCCCCGAGAAAGGGCUUUGGUACGACGAGUGUGGCCACCAAACAAGAAUCUGAGGAAUUGCGACACAAGAUUGAGGAAUUGAACAAGAGCCUUGCAUCGGUCUCGGAGUUUGUUUUGGCUGAGAAGGCAAGGAAAGUUGAGAAGGAGCGGUUACGUCUAGAAGCUGACGCGAAAGCGGAACGAUUGGAGUUAGAGAGGAAGGCACGGAAAAGGAAGGAACAACGACACAAUGAGAAGAAGUUGAAAGAUGAGCAAAGUGACGCCGAGAUUGACAAGAAGUUGGAGAUCCAACUAGCGAUUAAGACCGGGGACUUUUUCGAUCGCAUGGAGGCAAAUCUUGGAUUAGUUUUGGAGUUCGUUCGUAAGACUCGGACAGCGAAGCGACCAGUACGAGUACCUGAUAACUCAGAUGAUGAUAGUGGGGGACGCGCUACUGAGGACAUCCGAGCUCGUACUAAGAACCUGACUAUCCAUGAGAAGAGGAAAAGGGGACCUGAGGUAGUUUUCGAUGAUAGUCCGCCUCUUUUGACUCCGGCCAAGCGCAAGCCACGUCGGACUGAUACGAAGAAGAAGGUUGUGCGUACUCCUGGCCAUGCUACUAGGUCGAAGGCGAAGGUGAAGACGAAGUUAUCACCAUAUGUGGAAAAGCUUAAGAAGACCCCAGGACAACCAAGUACUGUCGAGAAACUUCGCUUUCGUAACCAACAAAUGGAAGACCUUCGAGCUCUCGGAGCUUUGGAACUUGAGGGGACCUGCAAGGAUGAAGGAGUGGCUUACAACGGCAAAGUUGACUCGAUAUUCGAUAUCGCGAGUUACCGUACCAGGGUUCAUUUUGGCGACAUCGAACCAAUCGAUCUGUCGAUUGUUGCGGACCAACCGGAUGAAGAAUCGGCAACUGCUAAUGAUGAAGUCACGGAACAAGAGGCUUGAUGUGUUUACCGAUUAGACGAGAUUUGGCGGAUUGUGGACUAUGUUACGGAAUACAGAAGA